UUUCAACCUGAAAGCGACAAUGGAGGCAAAAGGAAGAUCUGCCCAAUGACAUAUGUGCAUCUACAGCGAAGAAACGAAGAAUAAACGUCCAAUAUGAAGAGUAUGGAGCAGGAGUUGCAGUGUCCGGUGUGCAAGGACAUUGUAAAGCAGCCCAUUGUGCUCCCCUGCCUGCACAGCGUGUGUCUGAUGUGUGCCUCCGAGGUGCUGGUGCAGAGCGGGUACCCGCUGCUCGAGCUGCCCCCAGAGCCUAACUCACCCGCCUCCACCCCCAACACAUGGUCCCCUCGCCAGAUGCGCAGACCCAUGCCCAAAACUGACCGCGUUGAUCGCUUGUUGCGUCAGGUGAGUUCUGGGACACACCCGAGUCGCAGGCAAAAGGAGGGUCCUCAGCCACUCAUGCUUUUCCCUUGUGCCCCAUGUGGGCGAGAUGUAGAACUGGGUGAGAGAGGAUUGGCUGAGUGCAUGAGGAACCUUACGCUGGAGAGGAUUGUGGAAAGGUACAGACACACAGUGAGUCUGGGUAGUGUAGCUGUUAUGUGUCAGUUCUGUAAACCACCGCAGGCCCUGGAGGCCACUAAAGGUUGUGCUGACUGCAGAGCCAGCUUCUGUAAUGAGUGCUUUAAACUCUACCACCCUUGGGGCACUCCCCGUGCCCAGCACGAACAUGUUCUGCCUACCCUAAACUUUAGGCCAAAGGUGUUGACUUGUCCAGAACAUGAUCAGGAAAGGCUGCAGUUUUACUGCAAGUCGUGUCAGAUGCUUCUUUGUGCGCUUUGUAAAUUGCGCCGAGUUCACGGAGGUCACAAGAUCGCACCCGUCACCCAGGCCUAUCAGACUCUCAAGGACAAGAUCACCAAGGAGGUUAACUAUAUCCUGUCCAAUCAGGACAUGGUAUUGACACAGAUUACCCAACUGGAGAAUGCCAUCACUCAAACUGAGGUGAACAGUAUAUCAGCCAAAGAGCAGCUCUCUCACUGCGUGAAGGAGAUAAUGGCAUUGCUAACCGAGCGACAGUCUGUGCUGGCCCAGGCUCUGGAAAGCUCGCAGCAGAGAAGGGCAGAUGCCCUGGCCAAUCAGGUGACAGAAAAACGCAGUCUUCUGGAGCACGCCGGCUUGAUGGCUUUUACACACGAGCUGCUUAAAGAAAAUGACCCGUCCAGCUUUGUGCAUGCAGCCAGAAUAACACACAAAAGAUUGUCCCAGUCCAUUGAAUCUUUGCAGCACUUCUCUCUCUCUGCGGAUCCCUCGUUCCGUCAUUUCCAACUUGAUGUUUCGAGAGAGCUUAAGCUCCUCACUGACUUGAACUUCAUCCAGGCCCCUCUUGCCCCUGUUAUCGACACCCAGCGAACUCUUGCCUACGACCAGCUCUUCCUGUGUUGGCGGUUACCUCAAGAAUCCACUCCCGCCUGGCAUUUCUCUGUGGAAUUCCGCCGGCGUGGAGUUGUGCCAGGGGGUGGGGCCAGAGGGGGUAUCCGUGGGGGAUUGGCUGCCGCUCGCUGGGGCUGGCAGAGAAUGGACGAGGUGACCGGGACCUGUGCGGUGAUUGACAGGCUGGAGAUGGACAGUGUUUAUGUGCUGCGAGUGAGAGGCUGCAACAAAACAGGGUUUGGAGAAUACAGUGAGGAAGUAUAUUUACACACACCACCAGCUCCCGUGUUGAAUUUUUACCUGGAUUCCCGUUGGGGUCUUCACACGGACAGACUGGUGGUGAGUAAGGAGCAGCAAUGUGCCCGCAGUGUGCCCGGUCUCUCCCUGCUGCAGGCCGCUGAUCGCGCCCUCACUUCCUGUCACCUGACGGCAGACUUGCUUGUGGGUGACGUGGCCAUAACGCAGGGUAGACACUAUUGGGCAUGCUCAGUAGAGCCCGGCUCCUACCUGGUCAAGGUUGGUGUGGGCUUGGAGUCCAAACUUCAGGAAUGGUUUCAUCUGCCUCAAGACAUGGCUAGCCCACGAUAUGAUCCAGACAGCGGCCAUGACAGUGGGGCUGAAGAUUCAUCCGAUUCCCCUCCCCCUUUCUCUUUUCUCACGAUGGGCAUGGGCAAAAUCUACCUGCCUCCCUCUGCCAACUCCCACCACGGAAAUGCCAAUUACAGAGAGUCGGGCUUCACUAAUGGCAACAGCCCUUCUUCACCUACUGGCGUUACCUAUACCCUCCCUCCGAGGCUGGGGGUGUGUCUUGACUUUGAGAAAGGGCGUGUCACGUUUUAUGAUGCCCACUCGCUCCGCCCACUGUGGGAGGGACCUGUUGAUUGCUCCGCCCCUGUGUGUCCUGCAUUCUGUUUCAUUGGAGGCGGAGCUCUGCAGCUACAGGAGCUUGUAGCCAAUCGCAAUGCAAAUCAAACGCCUGUACGAAGAGUCACCAUCCAAUCACGUGCUACAAAACUGAACUGAGGCCACUGAAAUAUCAUGUAUCCAGGAAAAUACCAACAGAUAUACACAGGAUUGACGGAUUCAAUAUUGUUUUUGUAUUUACAUUUUAAAAGAAGUUUUUUUUAACUGUACCCAACAUAAACCUCUUAAAAAUUUCUGCUCAAUUUUUGCUUCUCGUCUGACAUUAUAUUUGCCUUAUUGCUGCAUUGCUUGCAAAUGAAUAAUUCAUUUUGUGAUGCCACCUAUAAAACCCUACAAAUAUAUUUAAAAAAAAAAUGCAUAUCCACACGUAUACUAUAUAUACAGUAGCAUAUAGGCAAAAAUGUAUACUUCCCAGCUUAAAAGGUGCGAUCUCUCUGUUCCAGUAUUGGAAAUGUGCCUCAAAGUUUUUAUACUAGAUUCUCACCUUGUAUAGUAUGGUAAUAUAAUAUAAUAUACAGUGUUUCACAGUGUUUAUUAAUUUCCAAACAGAGCAGAAACUGCAGACUGUUACACAAGGCCUCAUUUUAUAACCCACAUUACUAUGGUAAACAUCUGCUGUUUUACCCUUUAGCCACGUGCUUUCAGGACAGAUCUGUUAAACUCUUUCAGCUUUUAACUGGAGUCAGUAUACAUCUAAUCCCAGAUCAAAUGCUUUUUGCUACUUUUUCUUUUACUUUAGAUGCACAAUACUUAAUUUUUAUGAUAAAAUAUGUGGCUUCUAGGCUGCUGUAGGUAUAUGAAUAUUAGUAUAAAUAUUAUUAAGGCACACUUACCCUAUAGCUUACACAAAUCUGUAUUGUUGUUUAGGAAUUCCCCUGUGUAACUGGAAAAAAAAUAUUUAAAGAUGAGUUAAGUUAAGCUAGGCUAAUGAUGAAUCUCAUCCACUUAAAGGAAUUUUAUGGGUUCAAUACAAGUUAAGCUCAGUCGACAACAUUUGUGGCAUAAUGCUGAUUACCAGAAAAAAAUCAUUUUCACUCAUCCCUUGUUUAUAUAUUUAAAAAAAAAAGCUAAAUUUGCGAUUACAGUAAGACACUUAUAAUGGAAGUGAAUGGGGCCUGUCCAUAAACAUUAAAAUACACACAGUUUCAAAAGUAUACCCACAAAACUUAAUCAUUAUACAUGUUAACAUGAUUUUAGUGUAAUACAGUCAGGGAUGCACUGGUGUUAUGCCAUUUACCAGAUUAUAAGAUUCACUUGUGUUACUUAUGUCCUCAUGACAACAAAGUUGUAAUAUUGGAUAUAACUCUACACAGAUAAGGUUAGUAAGUGAUUAUUUUAUUUUUUUUCACACAAUCUUAAAACGUGUAUUGUUUACAUCUCGUGGCUAUACUUUUGAAACAGUGUGUAUUUUAACGUUUAUGGACUGGCCCCAUUUACUUUCAUUGUAAGUGCCUUACUGUAACUGCAACGUUCAAUUUUUUUUUAAAUAAAGGAAAUCCUUAAUUGUAGUAAUCAAAAUUAUGCCACAAAUGUUGUUGACUGAGCUGAAACUGAAUUAAAUCCAGAAUAUUUCUUUAAGAAUAAAAAUCUGCAAUGCAAUAGAUUGGAAGUACACAGCUUUAAUCAAUAUUUAUGCAAUUAAAAGUGUUUAAGUGUGAAAAUGUGUGUAAUGCACUAAUCCUACCAUUGUAAAUCACUUUAUGCAAAUUCAUACUAAAGCUUGUAGAGAAUAUUUUUUAAGCGUUAGAUCCAAGUGCUUGAUUUCAUUCUGGUGUAGGGCUGUGCUUCCCUGGAAUGGCUUUAAAGUGAAGUUUUGAAAUCUUUUUGGAGAGAAUGGUGGCUUUGCCUGCUGGCAGAAUAUUACCUUCACUAAUAAAUAAUUAUCUGAAAAUUAACUUCAUAUAGUACCCUACUUGGAUUAAAAGGUGCACUACUGUGUUUUUAUCAAUAGGGGGCAGCAGUUUAUUCAAAUACUGUAUACCAGUCCCUGUCCUCUAACAAGGAGGAUUAUACUUAAAAAAAAAAAAAAAAAAAACCUUUGACUACUACAAAUUGCACCAUUAAUGUCUUUUGUCAACACAGCUAUAGAGAGAAUUUAGGUCGCAUGGAAAAAUAAGAUAUGACACACUUUCCAUUUGGAUUGGUGGCCGACUGGCCGUACACUUAUGUUUAUCACAGUAUUUAACAUCAAAAUGAUACAUGCACCCUAUUUUCAAUGCACAUUAUUGUCAGUAAUUUUCCUUAAGUUUUAUGUUAGGUUGUUACUAUGUUAUGCAUAUAUCCAUGUGUGUAUAUGCUG